UCCUUCCCUUCCACUGUCAACACCCGCAUCCUCGCUCCCCGCUUCUAGUUGCCGGUCCAGCUCUCCAGGUCGCAUUCGCUGCUCUCUCGUUCUCUCUCUCUCUGCAUUCCACUCCGACGGAAUGUUUAGCCCUACAGAAACCGGAGAAAGUAAGUUAUCUGUAGAACAAGCUCGCUUAUCUGAUUCGUAUGGAAUUUCUGGAACUGAAACUCACAAUCACCCUAAUUCUAUUGCUGAUCAUUCACCUAGACGAUUGAUUCUGUUUGUUAGAUUAAGGCGGUUGAGUUGUAGGGGAGUCAGUCCACUACUAAUUAUGAGUUGGGGUCGGUUUCCAUUUCACGUGGUUUAGUUCGCACUUAGCAGCACUGCUGAUUUGGGUGGCUAACUGGAACAGAAUUGCAACUCUUCUGUGAGGGUUUGCUUAGAAGAUACUCCAAAAUCCUAGUUGUUGAGGCUAGCUAUGAGUAAGCAGUAGGUGAAAUCUGAAAGGGGAAACAUCAGGCAUCUGCUAGCUCAUCUAGCUUGGUAGAGCCUAAACAUCCGUUAAAUUCAGAGUCUUUGAUCCUGCAGAGGGAAUGCUGGAAUUCUCGGAGGAGAGGAUAAUUGGGGAAUAUGAUGGAGUUACAAUCCGAGAGGCAUCGGUGAAAUACUUUGAGUGCGGUCGUACACACAAUUUUAGGAGGCGCUGUGUGCGAUCUGUUACUGGAUCUCAAGCUAUUGCAUCGGAAAUGGUGGCAUUUCAGAGGGCAUGGGACUCCGUGCACAACUAUGUGUUGCUUGGUGUUGCUGCCCUUCCAGACGGGGAUACUACUCACUUUCUAUACGAGAACUUUGACAAGGAUUUGCAACAGUACGUUGAGGAAAUUGGAGAAAUUGUUGAUUCUAAUGGAGUUAUGAACCUAGAAUUCCUUCUCGUCAUGAGGAAAACUUUCCGUGCAUUGCAUGAAUUACAUAUUGAAAACAACCAAAACCAUAACAAUCUUAAGUGGGAUGGAAGCGGAAGGUACCCAUUAAACAUUGUGGUUUUCAAAUAUCCGGUUCAAGGAGUAACUAAGGUUGAUGUACGGUUAACCGGGCUUGGAGAUCGAGGAAAGGAUUCAAGUGAGUUCAGAACCCAAGAUUGUCAAGACUUGGCUGAUAUACUUACUACUCUAGUUCAGAAGUAUUCGGCAGAUAAUGCUACUCUGCCCUUUUGGUUCGAGGCAUUGAUGAGACAUCUGAGGACCGUGGGCUGUCUCAAUUUGCACAAUUCUCUCUUUUUCUAUGGAGCGGAUUUGAAGUUGCAAUAUUUAUAUGGGGCCUUUUCAGCGUUGCGAAGGAGGGAGCUGCUCAAGGAGUUUGACAAAGAGAUGUUGGAUCUUAUGUGUAAAACAUCUAAGCAAGGUAGCUGGAAUCCUAGGGAACACAUCAUGAGCCAUCCAAACUUCUCCUAUAUCUUCAAACUUCAUCACGGAGCAAUACCUUACACAAGCAUUGCGUCGUGUUUCUUACAACACUGUUAUAAUCUAUACAUGGGUGACGCAGUCCCUGUCCUUCCCUGGAACCCAGUGAAGCGUUCGGUUGUUCCAUCUAGUGAACGGUAUGAGAUGUUGCACUCAAUGUGGCCUGAGUUUUUCUAUCUCUUACCCCAGACCUUAGCCAAAUUGGACGUCUCCACGUCUGGGUUUAUAUUCAUGGGACCCAUUGGAUUAGAUGCGGUCUCUGUUCCUUAUUGAGGUUCAUUCCUUGCACCGUUUCUAAAGCUUAAUGGAGCUGUAGGUGGAGCAACGUUUUGGCAAAUGUUUAGUUUGUGUAUGAUGGUUAGAGCACAACUGAAUGGGAUUCUGGCGGUGAGAUGGAACGUGCAAACUCUCAGUAGCUAACAAAGAACUGUAGAAAUCCAGGUUUGCACGGUCAUGUAUAUACUGCUAAUGUAUGCUUUUGGUAGUAACAGAUUGUCGGUUCGUGCUAUUUAGAUAGCAUGAUGAGUUUUGAUUGGAAAAUUAUAUGCAAGACUCCAGGUUUAAUUCGAGAUGAACUCAUUUUUAGGUGAUUAAGAAUCCAUCAGUUUGGGAUUGCAUGUAAACUCGUUAUAUCAGGUACCCCAAGUGCAGUGCUACUGUGCAGUAAGGCGAUAAACAUACUACUGCGAGUCGUGCUGCAUGGGGGGUAUUAGUUUAAAGCAUGGAGGCUUUCUUUUUAUAUGUCAAGUUGAAGUUGGCCAUGCAACCAGAAUUGGUCUGAUGAUUGACCCGACUCAGAUUGCGCCUGUAACCCGACAACGAUAUAAAAGACGGGAAGAAGUGAUGGAUCAUUGUGAAGUUGUUCCGAAGAAUACAUAUGGUUGACGAGGCUAACAGUUUCAGAUAUAAUAGCCAUACGAUAACUAAAUUGUCACGGGGAAUUGAAAUAUAAGAUCAUAUGAUCUAUUUGCUGUAUAUAGUAUCCUGAUAAACUUGAAUAUAUCUAUUGGCCUUCUUUUGAAUUAGGCUAUAAUCCUGAUACAUAUUGGAGGUUAUCACUGUGUGCAUAACGACUAUACAACGAGGUCAAUUAGGUCUUGGGGUCAAUUAAUCAACUUGCAUAACUGAUUAUCCUCAUUUUGGUAUUCAACUUGUUUUAAUUUG